AUGGUGGAGCCAGACUACUCUCAGCUACUUGUCCCUCGGUAUGACCCCGCAGCGGCUACCAGGGGGAAGUCUGAGGAGGAAGAAGCAGCAGCAGCUGCAGCAGCGGCUGCAGCAGACGUGCAGCAGUCAGAAGAUGAGGCAGCAGCAUCGGACGACGCACAGCAGGAAGAGGAGCAGCAGCAGCAGCAGCAGCAGCUGGGGGGUCCUGCUGCCAUAGAUCCCUUGGCGUGGGCUCGGAGCCUCUUUGGCGACUCUGCUGCUGCACCAGCAGCAGCAGCAGAAGCAGCGUCGACGCCAGCAACAGCAGCAGCAGCAGCGGCUGCUCCACAUGGGGAGGCCACUAGGACCGACGCAGCUCGCUGCAGCAGCAGCAGCAGCAGCAGCACAGGCGUGCAGCGCCUAUCAUUGCCUGCCUGUGCUGCUGAAAUAGGCUUCAAGAUCCCAAGAUUUAUGCAGCAGCAAAGCAGCAAAGAGGCAGCUGCGCUGCUUCGCCAGCAGCGUCAGUCUUUGAAAGAAGAUUAUAUGUCGAAACACAGAGCAGCACUCAAGGCCAAAAGAGCAGCAGCAAACCCCAGCUAG